UUUCAAUGCAGAAACCGAUCACAUGAACGGUGCCAUCGCUAGUGGCUGCGUCUCCACCACUAGCUUAUAGUGUGCGUUGGUUUAUUUAUUUUUUUUUCCUGUGAUUUGUUUAUUGAGUGUGUAUCAACCGAUUUGGUUGCCCUGUGAAAGAUUACAAUGUAUAGUUGGCGCCUUGGCGGCUCCUCCGCCAAAUAAUAAACAAUUCGCUGGUGCGUCCAAUAGGAAAAGCGCCGCAGCCGAUCGACAAUAACAACAAAUCAGCCACAAAGUAGCGAGCGACAAACAAAACACAAAGUAGUAAGCGAAGCGACAAUAAACAGUUAUCCGCAGUCGGCAAUUAGGCGCAGCGACGGCCACAAACUAGAAAUCAAAACAGAGACGGAUCCGACCGCCAGAUGGCCUUCCGGCGGUGCAACGUGCCCGCCGCUGGCCCUGCCACCACCACCACCGCACGCCCCAUCUGCCGCGGUUGCAGUUGCAGUCAAGGUUGCAGCAGCGGCAGCAGCAGCAGCAGCGGAAGCAGCCCAGCAGUGAGUGCGAGCGAGUGCCACUGAGCGUGCAAGCGAGAGCCCUUUUUCGGAAAAAAAAAAAACAGAAACAAAAUGGUCUCCAAGAAGCGCUCCAACGUCGGAGAGCGCCUGCAGCGCUCCACGGCGACUGCGGCAGCGGCGGCGGCAGCAGCGGCCGCAGCGGCAGCAGCAGCGGCCUCGACGGGGAAGAAGCGAAUCGGGAAGCUGGCGGGGAAGGCCCCCGCCACCACCUCCUCCUCCUCCUCCGCAUCCGCCGCCGCUUUCGCUUCCACAGUUGCCUCCAACAGUCCUCCGGACGAGUCGGAGGACAAGAAGUCCAAGAAGCCCAACAAGGAUCCUGCAUCAGGAUCAGGAUCGGGAUCGGGAUCGGGAUCUGGAUCUGGAUCUGGGUCUGGAUCUGGAGCAGGACCAGGAUCCGGAUCACACACUGCCACAGAAAGCAAUAGCACCAGUGCCGGGAAGCCCGCCGGCAGCUCCUCCGCAGCAGCCUCCGCCAGCCACCCCAGGCUCUCCGCCGAGGAGCGUCUGGAGGACGGCAAGGCGCGGGCCAUCAACAAGAUGCUCAAGAACCUGGACAUCAAGAUCCACGGCUUCGACAACCUGCUGACCCACGGCGAGGAGCGGCUCAACGAGGGCGUCCUCAAGUCCUCCAUCUCGGAGAACGUGAAGACCAAGUCGCGGGCGGCGGCCGUCAAGGUGAUCGCCAGCCUGAAUCCCGGCAAGAUGCCGGCGGUGAAGCGCGUCCGCCCCUCCCCGGAGCCCGCCAAGGAGAAGCCGCCGCCGCCGCCGCCUCCGCCCGACAAGGAGAGGGAGAAGGAGAGGCCUCCCAAGGGGGAUCAGGAGCAGGCGGCAAUAGGCAGUAGUGCUCCCGAGGACAUGAAAUCAAAAAAGGUCACCCAGAUGGGCAAGAAAUCCACGCCCCUUCCCGCUCCCCAAGCCACCCCCACGUCCUCGGCUCCGCCGCCCGCCAAGCCCCAGGUGAGCGGCAAGAAUCCCGUCAAGAAGCCCCUGCCAGUGGCGGAGCCGGCCAAGAAGGCCGAUCCUCCAAAGCCGGGUCCCAAGGUGGGCAAGCCCAAGAAGCCCCUAGCGGGACAGGAGGUGGCCGGAAGAAGUCGCCUGCCGGACUCGAACACGGAGCCGGUGCUGAUGGAGCUGGAGGAGAUUGUGAUCACGCCCACUCCGACGCCCACGCCGACGGCCACUCCCACUCCCACUCCCACGCCGACUGCCACCCCCACCCCCACGCCGACGCCCACAGCCACGCCCACGCCGCGAGCCACUCCCACACCCACAGGGGGCGAGGCGGGGGUGCCGCCCGGGCAGCCACAGCCACCACCGCCCCCUGGCGGCGCCGCCAAGCAGCGGCCCAAGGUGAAGUACACGAAGACCUCGGCGGGAUCGAAGGGCAGGAUGCCGGCGACGAUGGCGGGCCACCACCAGAAGUUCUCGCCCUCGGCCGCCUGCAAGGACAUCUACGACUUCAAGUCCGGCUCCGAGGACGAGGAGCCCAUCAAGAUGGUGCUGCCGGCGCUGAAGGAGCUGCGCGAGUUCUCCGACGAGGACAACAAGCCCCUGAAGCAGCUGGAGCGCCAGGAGAAGGCCAGGUCGCACGUGCAGGUGCCGGACAAGAAGGAGGAGCCCGAGAGCCCAAGGGCCAAGGAGGAGAAGAAGCCGGAGGACAAGGAGGACAAGCCGAAGAUCAAGGACAAGGACAAGGAGAAGGAGAAGGAAAAGGACAGGGAGAAGGAGAAGGAGCUGGAAACUCCGAAGAGCGAAGCCAUCAACGAACCAGCAGCCAAGGCCAGCACCUCCAGUGCCCCCAAUCCCUCCGCCAAGAAGCAGGGGAAGCGCAAGAUGGCCACGCCCACGCCCACUCCCGUGACGCCGGGGCGCAAGAAAAAGCAGGGGCCAGGGCCGGGGGGCGCCAAGGGGAAGGCGGCCGCAGCAGCGGCGGCCAAGGAGGCAGCCAAGGAGGAGGACUCCUCGCAGGACACCAGCUCCUCGGAGGACGAGCGCCGGCUGAGCGCCUACAGCGGACCGAAGCGCCACCGGAUGGCCUCGCUGAACGCCCUGGCGAAGGUGCAGUGCCUCUACGAGAACGAGUCACGGACCGCCCACGAGCUGGGCCUGUCCAAGGCCACCCAGCAGCCGCCCCGGAUCCGGACCGUCGACGGCAGCGACGACGACAACCACAAGGACUCGCCGCACCACGACCGGGACAAGGGCUCUGUUAGUCCGCCCCCCGCGUCCGGGUCGAAGGACGCGCUCCCGGCACCGCCACCUUCGCCGCCGCCGGCGGAGCCACGGCGGGAGCUGCGCUACGUGCCCGGGGGCCGGGGAGUGGGCAAGCACUGGGAGUUCGACAGCGACAGCGAGGUGGAGGAGAUGCAGCUGGUGCAGCCCCUGCCGCCGGCCAAGAAGAAGAAGUGGGCCAAGAAGACGCCCGCCAAGGCGGAGCCCGCCCCCAAGGGCAGGAAGAAGAAGGUGCUGCCGGCGGAGGAGAGCGACGACGAGGAGCCGCCGGAGAAGGAGAAGCCGAAGGAGAAGGAGAAGCCGAAGCCGCCCAAGCAGCUGCCCAAGAAGCGGAAGAGCGCCUUCACCGAGGAGCUGAUCGGCGACUACAAGGGGAUCCUGGCCAGGAAGCGGAUGGCCAGCCUGAACGCCAGCGCCAUCGUGGCGGCCACCUACGAGGUGGAGCGCCACCUGGACAAGAACCUGGCCAGCGACUGCUCCAGCUUCGAGAGCUACGACGAGCUGGACACCAUGCCGCCCGCCUCCUCCAGCAAGGCCUACCACUCCGCGGCGUCCUCUGCGAGGGCCCAGGACGUCGUCCACAUCAAGAAGGAGCCGAAGGAGCCCAAGGAUUCGAAGGAAUCUCAGCGGGAGCGAGAGCGCGAGCGAGAACGAGAGCGGGAGCGGGAGCGAGAGCGCGAAAGGGACAGCGAGGCAAAGGACUCGAAGGACCUGGUCGCCGGCAAGAUGUCCAGCCAGACGCACACCAUCGUCGAGGAGAGCAACGACUCGAAGUACUCCAAGGAGACGAAGGAGACCAACACGGACACCACCAUCACCACGACGGGCUACCGGGACUCGGCGGCCAGCACCAAGGACGCCAAGGACUGCAGCCGGCCGACCUCCUCGUCGGUGGUCAUCGUCCAGGACACGGACGUCACCAUCACGGGCGUCUACGUGAACGCCAGCAACGGCGCCGCCCAGGAGGCCUACUGCAAGAUGCAGUACCGCGUCCAGUCGAGCGUCACCGAGGAGCGGGUCCUGCGCCCCGGCUCCGUCGAGCCGCCCAAGUCCUACACGCCUCUGAGCGCCCUCUCCAGCAUGCUGCCGCCCGGCGCCAGUUCCGGGCUCAGCGAAGCCCACAGCUCGCCGCCGCUGCCCAUCCACGCGCCGCCGACGGGGCCGCACGUCCUCCUGCCCGGGGAGCACCUCAGCGCCGGCAUGUACCACGCCCCCGACCUGGGCCUGCACACGGAGCACGCCCUGCCGGAGCACCACGGCCCGCCCCCGCCCUCGUACGCCGCCGCCGCGGCUGCAGCCGCCGCUGCCGCCGCCUACCACGCCCACCAGCUGGCGCCCGGCGGCGGCGGGGUGCUCCACAUGCACCACCAGCACCAGUACGCCGCCCACGCGGCCCACGCCCAUCACUACCAGCAGGCGGCGGAGUACCACGGUCCUCCCCCGCCCCACCACUACGGCGGCCCGCCUCCGCCGCCCCCGCCCCAGGGCCACUACGGACCGCCACCGCCCGGGGCUCCGGUCCCCGUCCCCGUUCCCGUCCCUGUGCCCGUACCCGUGCCGGUGGUCCCGGAGCGGUGCGACGUCGGCUCCCCGCCGCCCUCGUACCGCGCCAGCGCCUAUCCGCCGCCCCCCAGUGUGGGCGUGCCCCCGCCCACAUUGGGCGGUGGGUCGAGCGCCUUCUGCGCCCCCAGUCCCCAUCAUCAUCACCAGCACCAGCACCACGGCCAGCAGCCAGGGCCUCCGCACCACGAUCCGAGUGGCUACUAUCAGCCGGCUGGACCGCUGAUAUCGCCGCACGUGAUCGCCGCUCCCCCGCCCCCCGCGCAGGUGAAGAAGCUGCAGGAGGAGGAGGGCGCCAGUGUCGCCUCCUCGGCCGCCGGAUCGCCCACGCAGCUGCAACAGCAGGCGGCAGCCGAAGCAGCAGCAGCAGCCGCUGCCGCUGCAGCCGUCGACCCAGCCGCCCACUCGCACGCCCACUCCCAGUCGCAGAAUCCGCAGAGCCAGGCGCCGCAUCCGCCGCAGCCACAACCGUACCCGGCCAGCGCCGUGGCGGCCGCUGCUGCGGCAGCCGCCGCCCACCCGGGCGUGCCCUACUCGCGGUCGAUGCACGCGGCCCAGAUGCACUACACGACGGCCUAUCCGCCAAACUACUACGCGCCGUAUCCGGGCGAUGUCAUGUGCUACUCGCCGCCCACCUACCAGCCGUACUUCUCCAGCAAGGUCUACCAGCCGGGCCCGCCGCCAGGUCCGCCCGCCCACCCCUCGCACGCCGGCCACCCGGGCGCCCAUCCGCCGCCGGGUCCGCCCCCGCCUCCGGGCGCCUAUCGUCGCUAUCCGUACUACCAGCACGCCGGCCCGCCGCCGCCGCCAGAGCUCUACGAGCAGCAGCAGCAGUCCCAGCAGCCCCCGCCGCCGCCCUCGGCCGUCGGAGCGGUAUCCGCCUCGGCCCAACCGCCGCCCGCCGGCAGCGGCAGCAGCAGCAGCAGUUCGGGCGCAGCGGCAGCAGCCGCCGCAGCAGCAGCCGCAGCCGCCGCAGCAGCCGCGGCAGCUGGUGUCCCAGCCGGCAGCCAACUAGUGCCGGCCCAUCCGCACCCGCAGCAGCCGCAGCAGCACCAGCAGCAGCACCUCGAGCACUACCCGGGUCCGCCCAGCUACUACGCCGGCUACAGUCCGGGGGGAGGAGCCGCCGGGGGCCAGUGCUAUCCGCGCGGCCUGCAGGCACCGUACAUGGAGUAUCCGCCGCAGUGUCCUUGCCCAAUGCCUCAAUCGUGUCCAAAAAACGUCCAUACUGGGCCUCAUAUUGGUAGCAACAUCAGCAGCAGCAGCAGCAGCAGCAGCACAAGCCAGACGAGCAACAUGUUGCUGAGUGCCACCAGCAGCAGCACCUGCAACAGCAGUAGCAGCAGCCGCAGCACCACCCCGGCUGCCGGCAGCAGUGCCGCGACCACAACGGCGACAGCGUUGCCCACCAGUAGAGGCCCAGUUAAAAAUGCCACCAACCACCCCAACCCCAACCCCAACCCCAACACCAACACCACCCCGGGCAGCGACCCAAGCUGCCACACGAGCAACAUCAGCGAGACGACGACCAGGACACGGGCCACAGCCGCUACCAACACGAACAGCGCGGCCACCACCGCCACCACGGGCACCCAGUGCCAGAUGCUGGUCAAGACGGAGCUCAAGGAGCAGGUGACGACCAAGAUGCAGUACGAGGCGCACGUGAUGCCGCCGCCCACGCCGCCGGAGAGCUACUGCGGCGCCAGUGAUGAGAAGCUGCUGCUGGAGGAGCAGGAGCAAGAGGGGGAGCUUGAGCUGCUUCUGGAGAAGGGCUGCCGGGCGGGGGGCCAGCCGGUCAUAGAGGCCUACGACUUGACCUGCAGCACGACGCCGCCUCCUGGGGGAGUUCUGCCGCCAGCGACAGUAGGAGCGGGCGCUGUGCCGCGCAAGGCCAGGAUCGGGAAGAGCAUGGCCCGGGAAAUGGUGUAUGCCGCCCAGCAGCAACAGCAGCAGCAGCAGCCCAAGCUGGCCACCGCAGUGACGGAGACCGGGACGGGAACGGACGCACCCGCACCAGAGUUGCCUUUUGUACUUAAAGCGGAAAUCAAAGCAGAGACCAAAAUCAAAAUCGAGCAGGACGGCGAGGCGCCGGCCCAGGCCACUGGCACACAUAUCAGUCAACUGCCGGACCUGAAGCCCACCAUCAAGACGGAGCCGGAGCAGGAGCAGGAGCAGGACCUGGAGCAGGCGACGGCGCCGGCGCCAGAGAAGCAGAAGGAGAAGGAGAGAAACGGGGCUGUGGCCAAAGUAGAGCAGGAACCAAAUCAAAAAAAGGAGGAGCAGCCGGAGGUGAGACUGGAGGAGGACCAGGAGCCGGCGCCCAUGGAUCAGGAGGAGGAGGAGGCGGUGCUGGCGCCCGCGGUGGCAGCCAGUGCAUCUAGCAGUGGCGGCGGCAAGAAACGCCUCAACCUUAUGGCCUCCACGUCCGCCUCGGCCUUGGCCGGCGGCGCCGCCAAGAAGGCCACCAAACACCAAAGCUACAAGAGCCUCAUCAAGCAGGCCGAGCCGAAGAACUACCUGUGUCCCGGGCGGAAGUUCGUGCGCCGCCACGGCCGCGCUCCGGCCAAGUACGCCAAGCGGCGCCAGCAGCUUCUCGUCCAGCGCCAGCAGCGCCUCCGCCUGCAGCAGCAACAGCGGCGCCGGCUGGAGCGCGAGGCGGUGGCGAACGCCCCGGAGCCGGCCCCCGUCCCGGAGGAGGUCAUCAAGCCGCUGGACUCCGCCGCCGAGGAGCCGCAGACCACGCCCAGUGCCUCGCCCAAGAGGGCGCGCCCUCGCAAGCAGGAGAUCGCCGCCCUCCACCUCCUGGACACGGCCCACAGCCGGGGCUACUUCAGCGACCCGGAGCUGAACCACAGCAGUCGCAAUCAGGCGGCCACGGCGGCAGCCACCGCGGCAGCAGCAGCGGCGGCGGCCUAUGUCACGCCCACUUCCUUGGUGGCCGCCCACCAGCCGACGGCCGGCGAGAAGCGGUCCAAGUCGGAGACCAAGAAGCCAGUGGCGGAGGCGGCAGCUCCGCCGGCGGCGAAGAAGCCCCGCAAGCAGCCUGCCGCCAAGGCCACCAAGGCGAAGGGGAAAGGGAAGGGCAGAAAGACGAGUGCCGAGGAAGAUGAGGGUCCAGAGGCGGCAGGAGUACUCCCAGAAUCGGGAUCGCCCGCCCAGGAGACGAACAACAACGAGUACCAGACGGCGGACCUGCAGGCCCAGAAGGUGGCCGAGGCCACCGCCACCGCACCCGCCCCCGCAGUGGUCGCGGAGGACGGCACUGCCGCUGGCGGCCAGCAACAUUCCGAGGAGGAGCAGCCCAAGUUCCGAAUGCCCAGUCAGCAAGUGCCGCCACCCGCGCGGCACAACCCGGCGGCGACGAAACGGACGCGGUCCCGCAGCAAGUUCGGCAACCGGAAGCGGCAGAAGCAGCGGGCCGGCGGCGUCAGCUACGAGCUGGACGAGACCCAGCCGCCGGCCACGAAGGCCAAUGUGGUGCCCAAGUGGAACAACGGGUGGAUGUGGGCGGGUAAGCCCUUCCAGGGAGCAGUCUUUCUCAAUAGCGAUGAUCCUUUGGUGCUGCGCACCUGCUAUCCGGCCAUGCGACAUCGCGAGGGCGACAUCAUCCGCACCCGGGACUGUGUCCUGCUGAAGGCCAACGAGGACAACGAGCUUCCCUACGUGGCCAAGGUGGCGCACUUGUGGGAGAAUCACGAGGAUGGCGAGAUGAUGAUGUCGCUGCUGUGGUACUACCGUCCGGAGCACACGGAUCAGGGAAGGCAGCGCAACGACUGCCCGGACGAGGUCUACGCCUCCCGGCACCGGGACCACAACUCGGUGGCCUGCAUCGAGGACAAGUGCUACGUGCUGACCUUCAGCGAGUACUGCAGAUACCGUCGCCGCCUGCGCGCCGCCGAGGAGGACGUCGAGGACGUGAGCAUAGUGCCCCGGCGACCCAGCACCACUACCACGACAGCCCCUUGCUAUCCGGUGCGCACGGUGCCGGACCACACCAAUCCCGAGCUGGUCAUGUUCUGCCGCCGGGCGUACGAGUUCCGGACGCGACGCCUCCUGAAGCUGCCCCAGAAGAACGGACUCGUGUCCAACUACAGCUAGCGCAAGGCCCUCGGCUGGGCCGCCCGGGCGAAGGCGGCGGGAGUGGAGCAGGACGCGAGUGUCCUGGAGGCGUAGAUGCGUAGGGACAUUAGACUAAAUUCGCGCUGCAGUUGCGGUGGCCCGGAGGAGAGUCCUGGCAUGUUUUUUUUUGUUUUUUUGAUCAGGCUACAGUCUACAGUCUACAGUAUUGUUAAAGAUAUGAGGGGACGUUUUUUUUUUGAGCGAGUCCUUGCCAGGAGGCACCGGACUCUGCACCUGCAGUCGUUGUUCCUAACCAACUGUCGUUUGUAUGCGGCAGAGAUCGGUGUCCUGGGAGGACCAACAAACACAACAUGAAACACGACCAAGAAUUGUAGGCAGAAGCUUUUGACGCAGGAAGGGAGGGAUGGAGGUAGGAGAGGACGAAGGACACGCACGCAACUGCUAGGAGAUAGCAUUGAAUACUUUGUACUUCUUAAAUAAUUUAUUUAUUCCAACUCCCAGACCCAGACCCAGACCCAGACCCAGACACACCCCCCCACACACACACACAUACCUUUGUUGUAAGCUGUAUGUAUUUAUUAUCAUUAUUAUGAAGAGUUAGUCGGCAAUCUGUGCAGAGUUGUCCGCCGGGGAGGUGCCGAGUAGAUUCCACAACCAUUUCCAGUUCUUCAGUAUUGAGCGAUACUCCUCCCGCAAGACUAUAUACAUAUAUCCCGAUUCCUGGCAUCUCCUGGCUUUCUCAGCGACUCAAAAUUACUCAAAAUUCGAAAAUUCGAAAUUCCCUUGCUCCGUUUUUUUGUUAGAAUUAUUUCCACAAAUACCUUACUGAUGCUCAGGCGAGGAAGAACUCACACUUUGCGCACAGACAGCCAGGAUAUUCAACGAGAUGAGAUUUCAGACUCCACAAGGCGGAAGACGGAAGAUUGGAAGACCGGAAGACGAACCGGAAGACUUGACAUUUCUAGGCGCUGUUGGUUAAAUAUAAUCACUUUUUUUUCGUUGUUGUUAGUUUUUGUAAGCGACCGAGAGAAACACACAAUUUUCUAACAAUCUUCUAUUUUUAAUUUGUAUUUUUUGUAUUUUGAUUUUUUGUGUUUGAUUUUUUGUGAAAUUUGAAAUUUCCGUUUAUUUUUUAUUCAUUUGUUUGCUGACAGAAAUAAAAACAAUUCUUUAGAAGAGAAACAACAAAGAAGAAACAAGUCACACUUUAAAUAUAAACAUAUAUAUUUAGAUCUAAAAACUAAACAUCCUUAUCCCUAAAAGUAGACAGCGUUUUUUUUGCAGAGCCUAUCAUUUAGUUUAGUUGUAAAGCCUAGCGUUUUUAGUUGCUAAGUCGGAGUAUAGUUUGUUUUAUACCAAAUACACACGGAAGAAUAAAACCUUAAACCAAUUUAAGAAACUUAUUUAUGCACACCCCCUCCCCUGAACCCCCACACCCACACCCGCACCCACACCACCACAAACACACACCUAUGCACUCGUGUAUAAUUUUAUAAAAAUAUAUAAAUAUAAAUUACUGUAUUAUUUUUUUAAACCAAACCCGCAUGAUUUUUAUUUUUUAGGGGAGAGUAUAAAAUAUUAGAGGCAGCAGAAGGGAGGAGGCUUGGUAGGCCAGUGUAGGCGUGGCAGUUUAGAGAGCUAGAGGAAACAGGAAACCGGAAACGAUCGGCGCUUGGAAUAGAAUGUGCAAAGGAUAGAAAUCGUAUAUAAGAAACAUAUAUAGGGAGCAUAGCCAUACAUAUGAUACAGUACACCCCUUUACACACACACUCUCACACACACACACAUACACACACACAUACACAGUCCAACAAGGAUCCAUUAAUACGUACAUAUGUAUACCUAGGAAGCUGGCAGGACGAAGGACGAAUAAUUCAAUUAGUGAAAAAUCAAGAAGCAACAAAGUGUAGCCUAAAUUACCAACAAACAUUAUAUUUGUACGACUUAUAUAUAUACACCAUACAUAUAUACAUAGACAUAUACAUAGGAGUCGGUGUGUCCUGGAGGACGCUCGCAGGGACACCCUCACGUACACAAAAGCAUAUACACAUAUAUAUAUUUCUAAAGGAAGCUCGAAGGAGCACAGCAGAGCCCCCCCUUCAGACCGAUUUGUAUUAUAAAUGGCGCCACAGAACGCAACAGUCAGUACAGUCAGGCCCCCCUAACCGGAACCACACCAAUGCCUCUUCGAUCGAUCAGAAUCGAGGACCGCUUUCAGGAUUCAGGAGAACCCACUGUUGAACCCUUAUAUUGCAGCUCCUAGAGGAGAUUCAGUUCCAGUCCCAACCCCUGUAGCCUCGGUCCCCCAGCAGAGUCACAUCCACGUAGUUGAUAGUUGUCUGUUUCCCAUAAUUUGUAUUCCCAGUACAGUACCAACUCCUCCAAACAGAAACACAUUUCAGAAAUAAACAAAAAUAAACUAAAGAACAAACCCGUAAAGUAAGAACCAGGAGCAGAAUAACAAAAAUGAUGAACGAACAGGACAUCAAGAACAGAACCGAGAUCAACAAAACAAAUCCAAUAUAAAUUUUGUUUAUUACUAGACAAAUAAAUGUAUUUUUUGGCAGAUUA